AUGGCAAUGAUGAGGCGCAUGCUUGAACUAGAAGAGAAGGUGCAAGAACUCAGCAAGAGACCAGAAAUGCCUCCAGAAAAAGAGUUGAUUCUUAAUAAUGCUCUAAAUAGAGUCAAUAUUCUUGAAGAAGAGUUAGACAUGGCCAAAACGUCGCUUGAAGCAGCACAUCUUCGACUAGUAGGACUCCAAGCCUACAUUGACAAAAAGAAGAAAAAGACACUGUUCCACUGGUGAGGAAACAAGCGUAUGUUUUACCUAACCUCAAAAUAUUAUUACUAGUUUGUGUUGAUAUGAUUGGUGGCGUUUCCAUCUUCAGCCCUAUUAGAUGUCAUUAUUGAAUUCACUUUGGUAUAAAUUUGAUCAAUGUGUAAUGCACUGUGUC